UGCCAGACAUUUGGAUGUAGUAUCUGCAUUCAGGGCCACUAUGUUCAGACACAGCUGCAGUCGUUUGAGGUUGGCUUUCUUCCUCAGUUGUCCACCUUGGUUGUCCGCCUUCUUCUUAUUCACUGCAAGUCUCUUGAGCACAGAAUUGAAAUCCACACGUGGGGUGCAGGUGACGUCCACCGGCACACAGACCAUCCAAAAGGCAGAAGGAGAGAGUGUGACUCUGGGCUGCAGUUACACACUGAGCCCUUUGGACACUGGAGAACUUGACAUUGAAUGGUCUUUGGUCAGUCAAGACACCACGCAGAAAGAUCAGAUGCUCCUAUCCUAUACCAGCGGCACUAAAUACAUCCAUGGUGACCACGCUCCUACACAAGGACUCAGCUUUGCUGCUCAGGACCCCUCAAUGGGUGACGCUUCACUCUCAAUUGCUCAGCUGUCACCUGCUCAUAGUGCAACGUACCAGUGUAAAGUGAAGAAAUCACCUGGAGUGGACAUGCACAAGGUGUCACUGGUGGUAAUGGGUAAGACUGGUUCAUGUGUACUGUAUUUUUAAAAUGGAUGGAGGGUUGUUGUGAUGAUAAUGUUUUUGAUAACUAUCAAAGGUGCUGUAGAAUGGAAAACAGUAUUUACAUCAGCAACAAAAGAGAGUUCAGGACAUGAAAAUGACAUACUUCCUACUUCAUAUGUAAAUCUUGCACAUGCAAAUGACCCUAGAAAAACAGGUGAAUGCAAACAAACAGUAGAUGUUACAUAGCAUCUGGGAUUAUUAAAUUUAAAUAUACCAGCCCGAGUUCCAGAGAAGCGGUCGAAUGAGCUCAUCGACAUGGAGGUUGUUUUGUAUGAACAGAAAGUGCUUUUAUGGCUAUGAAGCCACAGUAAAUAUUUUCUGGGUUUCCCUCUGAUGUCCUCAGAUUGCUCUGCCUCAACUCUGUGAUUUAUGAAGUUUCCUGAUGAACAGAUUUACUUGUUGCUAAUGCUACAGUAACUGCUAGCUGUUGCUAAUGGUAGCUGCUGUUACCUGACUUCCGGUGACAUCUGACUUCUCGUGCCACAGAAAGUGGCAGCACGACACAGCAGCUCCCUCUUACUUUUCCUAGUUUUUAACCUUUCUUAUAUUUUAACUUUUUACUUAUGCACUAAUUGACACUUUAUUUAUUUGCACAUUCUAGCCUUUUUCUUUUGUAAAUAGGACUACGUUACACAAACAAUGGACACAGCGACCACCAAACAACGAAACACCGGAGUCUACUCAUGUGAAGAGCUCUUACAGCAUCGGGAUCGACCUGUUGCAUGUCCAAAUGAGAUCCCAGUGAAGUUAAGGAUAAGAAGAUGAGGAUGUCGUGCUGGCAUGACGGUGAGGAACAAGAAGACGGGGAGUCAGUGGAGAUACAAGCCAUGUCUUCCCUUGGUCGUCAUGGGGAACUUCUGCUCACUGACGAACAAGAUGGAUGAACUCUCGGCUCUGGUCAGCUGGCAGCGAGAGUAUCGGGAGUGCCGCAUGUUAUGUCUGACUAAAACUUGGCUGAAUGGGAAAACACCAGAUUGCUCAGUGGAACUAGUUCGAGCAGAUAGGAAGAAACAGAGUGGUAAGAAGUUGGAAGGAGGACUUGCUGUAUCCAAAUGGUGUAACCCAGGACAUGUUACCACAAAGGCAGAAAUCUGCACGCCGGAUGUUUAGGUGCUGGCUGUCGGGUUGAGACAAUACUUACCUGCCUCAAGAGAUCUGAGACGCCAUUGCCAUCACUGUUUAUAUUUCAACGUUGGCAGUGGCGGCGCACGCUUGUGACGUCAUCCAUGGGCGAAGGCUUUUGCGUCGCCGGCAGCACCCACUCCAGCUCACCUCCCCCUCCUAACGAACAGCUCUCUUAUCUGCCCUCCCUCCCCUCCAUCUAAAUGUUCUCCCUCCACAACCCUUCCUCUGCCUUCCCCCCUCCCGUUUCUCCCCUCCCCUCCGCUCCCCUGCCCCUGCACCCCAGUCAUCACAACCAGGAUCAACCCGGACAUCAGGUUCUGUAAGGACAGGAUCAUCCCCACCAAAAGGAUAUGUUGCUUCCCCAAAAACAAGCCCUAGAUCAAUAGAGACAUCAUAUCUCUGUUGAGCAAGAAAAAGAUUGCUUUCACGGCAUGGUACAAUGAAGAGGCCAAGAAAGCAAUCCAGAGGGAGCUGAAGAGAGAGCCGAGGUGGGCUAAGGAUUCAGGGGAAGCUACAGCAGAACAACAGCAAUGAGGUGUUGGGGGGGGGGGGGCAUCACAGGUAUGACCAGACCAGCAGGAGCAGCUUAGGGGACAAAGGGCCGAGCCAACGAGUUAAACCAGUUUUCCAACAGGUUUGACUUAACCACGCUCUCCCCACCUCCUCAAGUAGCCUUCAACUUUCUUUAGCAAAUAUCUCCAUUCUUCUUGCUAAUGUUGAAUCUGAAUUAAAUGUUGGGUAAUUUUUGGUCUCUGUAAAUUAUAUUAAACAGAGUGCUCUCUAGAUCUUCUUUAUAUAAAAAGUGCAAUGAGAUGACUUUUGUUAUGAAUUGGCGCUAUAUAGAUAAAACUGAAUACAUUUGAAAUAACAAACCUGGAUUUAAACAUUUACCUAGCCAGGUAAAACUCCUGAAUUCCACAGUGAAAACAAAUAUUGUGCUUAUUGUAGAAAGACUCAUAAAAUACUUAAAAUGAAAUAAUAAACUUUAUAUUGAUGUCAAAAUGUGUAUCUACAAUAACUAAUCCUCAGUUUCACUGCUCAUGCCUAAG